AUGUCCAAGCAAACGACCACCACGCGCAACCCGGCAGACUCCAUGGUGUCUACCUGGCGCCAUGACCGAUCCCAGUGGAACACCUACCACUGGAUGAUUGAACUCCUUGGCUUACAUCUCAUUGAUUCUGACGCGGAGGUUCCAAUCUUCUCCAAGAAAGAUAAAAUACCCGCCAUAAGAGAGUGGACGGUCCACUUGUGGAUUCUACUACACGCCGCGAUCCCACUUGCAAUACACCACGCCUACACAAUCUACACCGGGAAGAACAUGUCUCUCAUCGGUGCUUUCGCAUUGUAUUCUAGUGCAUUCAAGCUAAACGGCAUUCACGAAAUGCACAUCAUGCGCCGUCUAGGCCAAGUCUAUGGCUUCUUGGAUGGCGACAAGCAUCCUCGGGAUGAGAUCCCUGAUGUUGGCGUGGGCAAGGUGAUACGUGAGCUGAUAUCCACCUCAACGCUGCGUAUGUGGCUUCCCUUGGAGAUUGGCUUGUACAGUAUCACGGUGGACUUCUGGUUCUACUGGUAUCACCGUAUGAUGCACUCGGUGGGCCCUUUGUGGAAGUUCCACCGUAGACACCAUCUGACGAAACAUCCCAAUCCUUUGCUUUCUGCGUACGCCGACCACGAGCAGGAAUUCAUGGAUAUUACGGGUAUUCCGCUUCUUGCGUAUACUACGUUGAAGAUUAUUGGGCUGCCUAUGGGGUUUUAUGGGUGGUGGAUUUGUUUCCAGUAUAUUGCCUUUUCGGAGUUCAUUGGUCAUAGUGGGCUUCGACUUCAUGGUGGUGCACCCUCUACUGUGAAUUGGCUGCUGGAAAUUUUUGAUGCUGAGUUGGUGAUUGAAGAUCAUGAUCUACAUCACCGCUAUGGAUGGAGGAAGAGCCAUAACUAUGGCAAGCAGACACGUCUUUGGGAUAGCAUUUUUGGCACUUGCCAUGAGCGCAUCGAAAGCGUGAAAGAGAAUGUUGAUUACACAAAUCGUGUGACAAUGCCUCUUCUUUGA